AUGAGCAAAAGAACAAACAAUAAAAAACGAAAGCAUAGUGAAUAUGAAAAAGAAUUAGAGCCAGAAAAUCAAGAUGAAAAUCAAGAUGAGGAAUUUUUAGAAGAUAAAAAUAAAGAUAAAAAUCAAAAUAAAAAUAAAGAUAAAAAUAAAAAUAAAGAUAUGAAUAAAAAUAAAAACAAAGAUAUGAAUAAAAAUAACAAUAAAAAUAACAAUAAAAAAAAAAAAGAAAAUGGAAAUGAAAAUGUUCUUAAUUCUCAAUUUUAUAAAAAUAUUAAAGAGAAUCGUCAAAUUACAGAUAUUUUUAAAACUUUAGUUGAAUGUAUAAAUGAAAAAAUUGAAUCAUUAGAAGAUGAAGAAAACAAUAAUCAAGAUAAUGAAAAUUUUAUUUAUAUAUGCGAAAAGUUAAGAGAACAAUUUAUAAAAAUUUAUGAAAAAGAAAUAAUAGAGUAUAAGUUAUUUAGAGAAAUACAGGCAUUAACCAUAGUGAAAGAAAGAGAACUUUAUGAUAUUUUAAAAGAAUGUGAUAAAAGAUUGGCCCUGUUUAGGGACCAUCAAUCAAAUUGUUUAAAAGCUAAAUGUGAUGUUGAAUCUCAAAUGCUUUCAAUUGAGAGAAAAGAAGAAUUAAAUGAAUAUCUUUAUUAUGAUAAUGAUUCAAUACCUGAAAACUCAAAUUCUACAACAACAACAACAAAAAAAUCAAAAAAGAAAACUAAAGCAUCAUUUUUAACAUUGGUAGGCAAAGCUAAUUUUAAUACAAAUUUUCCAAGUAAUUUUGAUAGAUUAUUUAGUAUUUCAUGUGAAAGGGAUUAA